AUGACAAACCCCCCCCCCCCACCUGUUUCCAAACCCUUCUUCUCUCUCCAACGAAGGACAUCACCGGCGACACACCUACGGCCAGUCACCGGAGCUUUGUUUGCAUCGGAAAAUAUAUCUACUAUUCCAAAAAGUCUUUCAAUCGUGGAUCCUAGUCUCAAGAAUAAAUGGAAACAAUGGAUGCACCCGAAGUGGUUAUCAUGCACUGGUCUUGUUCAAAGCUCACAGUAUCAUCAGCAGUUCCUGAUGCUACUCUCCUUGAAAUUUUACUUGAUAAGAAGCAUUUCUUAUGCUGCAGUUGUUGCUCAUGCAGAUCAGACUAGCAGGAGGAAAUUAGCUGGUAUGCUUGUUGAACAUGAACCUCUCUCCUCAAAGCAGGUUCCUCUGUUACUAGGCAUUAGGGAAGAAGAUACAGCCCUGACUAAGGCAAUUGAAAGUGGUGAUACUGAUCUUGUUUAUCUUGUUCUCUUUCAUAUAUGGCAGAAGCAUGUUGCCUACUUGUUGUGGAAAGAAUCAUGGGAAUUAGCAAAGAAUCCAAUGGCAACUAGAGGAUCUCCACUUCAUACUCCACGUAUAAAACUCAUUGAAAAAGCUCAAAAUCUUUUUGCUAGCUGA